GCCAAGAUGAUGCCGCUUUGGUGUACCACCUCCAUGACUAUGCUCUCUUUCUCCUGCAUAAACAAGCUGGCCGUUUCUUCUUCUCUUCAUUGUCGCAGUGUAAUUAGCAGAAGGAUCUCUGCGAAAAUGGCAACUGGCUCAUCAUCUUUCCAAAUCACUCACACUAUAAAGUUGCCGACUCAACCUAACCAAUCCGUGACGGUUGUUGCCGCCCCUGGUGUCUCCGAUUCCGACUUCAGGAAUGCUAUUGGUUCGUCUUUAUUUGAGCAGUGGCUAAAGAACAUCCAAAGUGAAAAAGGCCUCCUUGCUGAUGGAUCAUUGUCUUUAAGACAAGUGCUCAUUCAGGGGGUUGACAUGUUUGGCAAGCGCGUCGGCUUUCUCAAGUUMAAAGCAGAUGUCAUUGACAAGGAAACAGGACAAAAGGUUCCAGGUAUUGUAUUUGCACGAGGACCAGCUGUAGCUGUCUUAAUCCUACUGAACUCAGAGGGGAAAACUUACACUGUGCUUACCGAGCAGGUUAGGGUGCCUGUUGGCAGGCCCGUUUUGGAGCUGCCAGCUGGGAUGUUGGAUGAUGAUGUGAGUGAUGUUGUUGGUACAGCAAUACGUGAGGUCGAAGAGGAGACUGGAAUUCAGUUGCAUCUAGAUGACAUGGUCGAUCUCACAUCCUUCCUGGACCCAUCCACUGGAUGCAAAGUUAUCCCUUCACCGGGUGGAUGUGAUGAGGAACUUAGCUUACUUCUUUACAGAGGAAGUGUAAGUGCAGAUGUUAUUAAACAUCUGCAGGGAAAAGAAACCGGGCUCCGGGAACAUGGUGAACUGAUUAAAGUGCACGUGGUUCCCUACGAUACACUUUGGUGCAUGACCCCUGAUGCAAAAGUAUUGAUGUCCAUUGCAAUAUAUGAAAUGGCCAAAAAAGAAGGUUUGCUGCCACCCAGAAAUUGAUCUCUGCAGGUUUUCGAAGUGAUCUACUUUCACAUGCUGCAAGUAUUCUCCUAGGUUUUUUGUAUAAGAGUUUCGUCUUAAUGGGUGGUUUUAACCAUAUAUUGGUUUGAUUUAUUAGCAUGUGCGUGCUUUCUAUGGCUGAUUCGAGUCAGGACCAGCCUGUUAGCGACUUGAUUGAGAAAAGUUAUUGUGGGUGUGUAUCCUUUCGUAUGCCAUUUGUUCAUUUAAUCCUGAAA